AUGAACACCUGCGCUGCUUCAACAAACGAUAUACACCUGUACACACUCAAGCACUCAAGUAUGGCGAAGCCCAAGCGUAUGAGCGAUAUUUUCGCAUCAUCCGCUGAGAAGGACUCCAGCGCAGUUACCGCACCCGCUACGCCAUAUUCAAGCGAGGGUCCAACGCUGCCCAUAAUUGGUGGUGCAGAUGCAGAUGGCGAACAUACAGUCGGGCCAGAAAGCAACCAAGCGGCCAAAGGCAGCCGUAAGAAAAGAAAAACGGAAGAGAAUGGAUCGGAAAUACAUAUCAAGGCCGAUGCACAGCCUGUCCCGAGCUUUGAUCCAUCACUCUACCAACCAUGGACACUUCUCCCCGCAGAAUUGCUUAAGAUUCCGCAAGAUCGGUUGAGAGGUACAAAAAAUGUUGUGCCAAUCGCUUACACCAGGAACCAAAAUAUCAAAGGAGGCAUCAAUCGCUUGAAGACCUACCUGGGAGCAUACAAGAAUAAGAACCAACCCAUGGACAUGCCCGAAGCUUUGAAAGAGGCGGAUGUGGUCAUUGCAGUGUCCGCGCAGGGUGAGGGAACUGCCAAACUAGUCAGCAUUAUAGACUUGGUCAGACGGGUGGUUGCGCCAACCUCCAAGAGCAAGUUGAGUGCCGGCAAUGUCGAGACAUGGUACAUGUACACAUCUCUUGCUAAUAUCGAGGUGGAGAAACGGGCCAAGGCAAUGUCAGAUGGCAGUGACAGCAAUGGGCAAGCCGAGAAGCCGAAAUCUACCGCGGAUGAAGACGAAGAGGAAGAGGAGGAAGCCUUUGAAUUGAUGGAUGUAGAUGCGCCAGAGCAGGAGCAAGAACAACAACAGAAGCAGACAAUCAAGGCGCCGAUACUCACAGUCUGGAUGACGAAGAAGAAUAUACCCGCUUUCAAAGAGGCGUUCGGAGAGCAGACAUUCGAGGUGCAGGCGUUGCCGCUGGAAGAUUAA